GUGCGGCCCUUGUUAUUGUUUCAGCUUCUUUCUUGCCUUCACCGCACGAUGCUUGUCAUGCGUGUCCUUUAUGCACUGCUUGCCUCGUUAAUGAGCUCUCUGGAUGAUGCCUCAGAUCCCAGGCCUGCAUUACCUGAUCUAUACGAAGCAUCUGUGACAGAACUACAGGUCGGCUUGGAUGCAGGUCACUUCACAAGCGUUUAUCUAGUGAAGGCAUACUUGGCCCGUAUCGAUGAAGUGAACCUCAAAGGCCCCGAGUUACGCGCAGUACUUGAGAUAAACCCUUCUGCUUUGGGCCAGGCAGCAAUUCUAGACAAAGAACGCGAGAGAUUCGGGAGACGGAGUUUGCUUCACGGAAUCCCUGUCUUGCUCAAGGAUAACAUUGCGACUAAUGUAUCCGAAGGCAUGAAUACCACAGCUGGAUCCUUCGGCUUACUUCGUUCGAUCGUGCCUGAUGAUGCUGGGGUAGUAAAACGACUCCGAAAAGCAGGCGCUAUCAUCCUCGGGAAAAUCAACUUAUCAGAAUUCUCUCAGGCACGCGGCAAGUUGGCUUCAGGAUGGUCAGGACGCGGUGGACAAGGUACCGGCGCCUACUUUCCUCAUGCGGACCCUUGCGGGUCAUCCAGUGGUUCAGGCGUCGCUGCUUCAAUAGGACUCGCAGCAAUUACGCUAGGUUCAGAGACGGAUGGGAGUAUCACUUGUCCUUGGAGUAAUAACAACUUGGUCGGUAUCAAGCCUACAGUGGGACUGACCUCUAGGGCAGGAGUCAUACCGAUAUCCAACCAUGCUAUCCGCAAACGGAUCGGCGUCCCUAGAAGGGUGUUUUUGAAUGAGAGUAUCACAAGAAAUGACCCUUUCGUGAACGUGGCUUUUGAGGAGGCGUUACAGACAAUCGAACCGCUGGGGAAUGAGACUUUUGUGCUUACGGUGGACUUAAAGAUUCAAUUGACAGCAUACUUCAAUGAACUUCUUACGAACCCAUCCGGCGUUCGCUCAAUUGCUCAGCUCAUCCAAUUCAACGAUAACAAUGCCCAACUUGAGAAACCUCCUCGGUAUGAAGACCAAUCCAUUUUCUUAAGGGCAAGAUCGAUUGAAGGAAUGAAUUCGACAUACUACGCCUUGCUAGCGACUAACAAAGACUUGGGCGCAACCCGAGGGAUCGAUGCUGCUCUAAAGGCGCACAACCUCGACGCAUUAGUCCUUCCAGCACCAGGGUUCACAACUGUUCCAGCGGACAUUGCCGGAUAUCCAAUCGUCACUGUUCCACUGGGCUUUUACCCUUCAAACGUGACGAUCGGCUUGGCAGGUCCCGAGACAGUCUAUCCAGCCCCGGGUGUGCCAUUCGGACUCUCCUUCCUCGGGACAGCGUUCAGCGAGAUGGAGUUAAUUAGUUUCGCUUUUGCGUACGAGCAGAAGACGCAGACUAGAUUGAAGAGGAAGGCAUUCUUCGAGGGCAUCCCGAAAACACAACUGAUUGAUGUUAUUGAAAAGUAAUGUAAUGGAUGUCCUCGAGUUAACCCAGGUUGACGAUAAACUUAAACGUUCGACCAUCAACAUCUGCGCGACCUCAAAUCAAAGUCAAGAUCAAAUAUAUCAUGUGUCUGCUG